AUGUUUCUACAUGUAGGACUGCUGCUCCUGAAGCAACUGCUACCCACAGAAUUAUUUUAUCACCAUUGCUUGCUUGUGACAGGUAUCAGACUAUUAUGUGAGGGCAUAACUAAAACCACCAUCAGCGUAGCUGAAGCCAUGCUCCUUAAUUACACUAGACUCCUUCCAAGUCUUUAUGACAUCACUGAAGCGACUUAUAAUUCUCACUCUCUUACUCAUUUUCCUCAGCAGGUGCGAGAUCAUGGUCCUCUAAUUCUACAUUCAACAUUCGUGUUUGAAUCCACGUUAGCUCAUCUAAAACGGUUGUUUCACGGUAUGAGGGGCAUACCGGACCAAAUUAUUAAAAAGCUGGCAAUAGCAAAUGGGCACAUCCUAAAGAAAGUCCAAAGAAACGAGGCGGUAAAAGAACUAGCUGAAACGUUUUUGAAACCAUCCGGCUCUCAAAACGUGGUAGAGAUGAAUAACAGGAUCAAGUUUAUUCCACCUUUGCAGCAGAAAGUCCCUGAAGUCCAACAUCCAAUACAAAAUUUCCCUGUCGAUGCAGAUGGAAUAGCAGUUGCCCAACGUAUGAUAAAAGACGGGCAAGUUUACCAUAGUUCUCACUAUUCUCGUAAGAAAAACUCCGCUAGUUUCUUGGUGCAGUUUAGUGAAGAAGGGUCUGUGUAUUUUGGGAAAGUUGAAUACUAUGUGAGAAACAGCGAUGAUGGAUUUGCAGUGGUCAAUUUGUUUAGAAAUCUCCAGUUGAACGUUUCUGAGAUAAAUAUUGUCCAGCCUGAAGAUCCAGUUCUAAAUGAGUUUUGGUCCGCUGGUUAUCUUGGUUGCCACUUCACGGCAGUGCAAAGGACCCAACAAUAUAGAUACAUUCAUUGCUCAAGCAUCACACAUCGAAUUGUUUUUGUUGAAACUGAAGAACCAGAUGUUGAUGGCUACGUUUCGACAGUUUUAAAAAGCUACCAACAUGACUAA